AUGGCGGUUUACGCAGAUGAUAUUGCCAUCUGGGCGGCCGACCGAGGCUGCUGUAGGAAAAACGUCCAGAAGGAACUGCAGAGAGCUCUGGACAACAUCUACCAUUUUCUAACGACACUGGGCCUCAGCCUCUCCGCGGCAAAAUCGGUAGCCUUGCUCAAUGCGCCACACAGGACGUACAAGUUCACAUUGUCUCUACAGAUUGCAGGGGCCCCAGUACCAAUAGUAAAGCAAGCAACAUACCUGGGCCUCAAACUAGAUGACAGAGUCUCGUGGCAACCUGCUGUGAGCACAGUCCUCAAAAACAACAAGAAAACGACGUCCAUCCUUCGCAUCCUUGGAGGGGUACGAAGAGGCACCUCACAACGAAUGAUGCUUCAACUUUACCAUGGACUGAUCAAAGCACGAACGCCCUACGCACUCCCACUCCUGGACCUCAAUCGCAGGCAGUGGGCAAGCUUGGAAAGGGCACAAAGAGUGGCACUGCGCAUAUGUCUAGGCGUCCCACGGACGGCAUCAUCGCGUCACACACUAGUAGAAUCGGGAACAAACACAGUGCAAAAUGCAGCGACAGAGCGGGCUCUACGACAUCUCAUACGAAUGCAAGAAACUCCCAGCACAGUAUCACUCGUGAAAAACAUAGCGACUCGCCGUGCACAUCUUGCGACACUCGUCAAUCUCCUUGAAGAAAUUGCUGGGUGCCCAACCACCCACAUUACACUUCCACCGCCGCCCAGUGAGCGUCCCGCAGUGAGGAUCGAAAUGAAUAUCGCGCAGAUGGGUCCGAAAAGAGUAACACCAGCGACAGUAGCGUAUCAACACACAUCACAGCACAUCGAAGAAUUCUACUACGGAUGGACACGGACAUUCACAGAUGGGUCAGUGAAAGCACAACGAAGAACAGCUACGGCUGCGGCGAUCUCGGAAGGACACAGCAGAAUGGAGAAGCUGAGCUUUCAUGCGUCAUCCACAACAGCCGAGCUGGCAGCCCUCCGCCUGGGACUGGCAAUGACGGAUGGGAAACAACCGGGGAACCUGGUUUUGCUCACGGACUCUAGGGCGGCGCUAAGACUCCUGGAGAAACCCGACAGGGCACCUGCACUCGCACGGGAGGUAAUGGCCAAGGCUCAGAAUCUCCAAAAGGGAGGAUGGACGAUCGCCUUUCAGUGGCUUCCAUCUCACUGCGGGAUUGAGGGCAAUGAAGCAGUUGACGCCCUCGCGGACCGGGCCCACGACGAGCCAAACUGCCCCAUUUCUCAGGUUCCCGCUUUCGCAGACGCUCGCCUAUUGACGCGGCGAAUUAUCUCUGCACGCAAUCCGGAGCUCGAGAAUGGACCCCUACCCGCUAAAGUUCCCGGACGCCUGACGAGAAACGAGACAGCCGUCCUUCACAGGUUACGCACCAAAAGCGCCUUCACUCCCGCCUACCUGGCAAAAUGGAAGGACCACCGAGAUGACGCAAGCGGUAAAUGUAGGGUGACCGCCGACGACGAGCAUCUUCUAUGUGUGUGCCCCCUGUACAAACAAGAGCGCGACGAACUAAGACAAACCUACUCCGCCCUCGGAUGCCCUAGUGACACCCUGGAAGCGCUGAUUAGGCCCACAGCAACAGCUGCCAAGGCGGAAAGAAUGCUAACAGCGCUAGCCAAAUUCUUGAGUCGCACGCAGCUAUGCGACAUAAUAUAG